AUGUGGUUUUCCAAAUCCAAUUUUCCAGUAGAUGGUAAAUGUGCUUUGAUAAUAGGUGGAUCACAAGGAGUUGGAGUAGACUUGGCUAAAAAAUUAUACAAAAAUAACUGUUCAAUAAUAUUAGUUGCAAGAAAUAAAUUAAACCUAGAAAAACAAGUUGAUUCAAUCUCAAAUUUAGUAGACCAAAAUAGUACAAAACAUAAUGCUAAAAUAACAUAUAUACCAUGUGAUGUAUCGGAAUACGACAAUUGUUUAACAUUAUGGAAAGAAAUAACGACUCGAGGGUACGAUCCAAAUAUAAUAUUUUGUUGUGCUGGUUCAAGUAUACCUAAAUUAUUUCAAGAUUUAACACCAAAAGAUUUAUCAUCAGGUAUAGAUAUUAACUACAAAACUGCUUUGAAUGUAAUACACGCAGGUUUCAAACAUACUCAAGAACUCAACAAAACAAAACUACCAAAGGAAUGGACAAAAAGACAUAUUAUAUUAUUUAGUUCAGUUGUUUCAUUUUUCCCAUUCAUAGGGUAUGGACAAUAUGGACCUAUGAAAAGUGCUAUUCAAUCAUUAUCAUUAAUAUUAAGACAAGAAUUAAAACCGUACAACUAUAGAGUAUCAUGUGUAUUUCCAGGGAAUUUUCAAAGUGAAGGAUUUGAAGAAGAACAAAAAACUAAACCAGAAAUCACCAGAAAAAUUGAAGGUCCAAGUAAUCCAAUAAGUGGCGAAGAAUGUGCUAAUAUGAUUGUUGAUCAAUUAUCAAAAGGGUAUGAUACUAUAACUACAGAUUUUAUUGGUUGGUUUUUAGGUUGUAGUGUAUUAGGUAUGUUACCUAGACAAUGGUCAUUUUUUCAAGUCAUCAUGAGUUUUAUUAUACUGAUUAUUGCACCAAUAUUAAAUUGGUCAAUUGAAAAUGAUAUUUCAAAGUCUUUUGAAAAAAAGUAA